AUGGCUUUAGGCGUAACGACGACGAAACAAAUCCUACACCGGCUGCGGCUGCGAGCCAAAGGUCAGGGUAGUACAUCUAAAUGCCAACCGAGAAAGACCUUCCCUACCGGACUCAAAUUGCUCUGUGGCCCAAAUGAUGCGACAAUUGAUAUCGUAUUUGUCCACGGCCUGACCGGCGAUCGCGAUGCGACGUGGACUGCCCCAGGCGAGGGCGAACCUUGGCCUAAAACCCUCCUCCCAGCCAAACUUCCGACAGCCCGCAUCCUCACAUUUGGAUAUGACGCAUAUGUGGCGGACUGGCGAGGUGUAGUAUCGCAAUCUGUUAUUGCCAACCACGCAUGGAAUCUGCUGGCAUCUCUUGCAACGUACCGAGACAACGACGCCACGAAUGAACGACCGGUUAUAUUUGUAUGCCAUAGCUUGGGCGGGCUGGUCUGCGAGGAUGCCUUGUUAACGUCGAAACAACGACCAGAGCCGCAUCUCCACGGUAUCAUUCAGUCCACUCGUGGUAUUAUCUUUCUUGGGACACCGCACCAUGGAGCGGGCCUUGCUAAAUGGGCUGAGAUUGUAUCCCGAUCAAUUGGCCUUGUCAAGCAGACGAAUCCCGACAUUGUCAACGUUCUCAAACGCGACUCCGAGGUCCUUGCGCGGAUCCAAGACGGCUUUCACACGAUGGUGCGAAGUGUAGAACCGCCACCGAUUAAGGUCACUUGCUUCUAUGAGGAGCUACCCGUGCUGGGGAUUGGUUUUGUGGUUCCACAGGAUUCGGCCGUCCUACCGGGAUAUGUCCCUAUUGGAAUCCACAGUAAUCAUAUGGAUAUGACCAAGUUCAGUGGUGUCGACGACCCUGGGUUUGUGGCUAUCUGUGGAGAGCUGCGUCGCUGGAUUAAAGAUAUAAGUGCGACCAAAAACUGCCGUGAGGCCCGUGACAGUUCAUCGCCUGCUGGACAGGCCGGACUUGCCCGCCAGUACGGAGAUAAUAAUCAGCAAUACAUUCAAUUCGCUGAGGGCACACAGAACAUUGUAGGCGGCAACCAGUAUCAGGCGCAGGGAGAUAUGAAUUUUGGCAUGGUGCCGCCUAAAUAG